UUCGAACGGUUCAAGGACGUGCUGCAUGAAGACAUGGAACCCGAUAAAUAACAAGAAAUUCGAGACCCUGUCCUACAUUCCACCACUGUCGGAACAGUCGAUCGCCAAGGAGAUCGAGUACAUGAUCAAGAAGGGAUGGGUACCUUGUAUCGAAUUCGACGAGGUGGGAUAUGUGUACAGGGAGAACAGCAGGAUGCCAAAUUACUAUGACGGGAGAUACUGGACACUGUGGAAGCUGCCAAUGUUUGGUUGCACAGACUCCUCGCAGGUGCUGAAAGAAAUUCAAGAGUGCAGACAGGCAUACCCUAAUGCUUACAUCCGCUGUUUGGCAUUUGACAACGUAAAACAGGCGCAGUGCAUGGCCUUUCUCAUCCAAAACCCCAACAACUGAAACGUAGUCUGCUUUUCUCAAGAUUUCUCUGUUUUCAGUAUUGUUUCAUAGUGUUGUCUUUUUGCAAGUGUAAGAAUAAGACCAAGGUUGAAUAAGUCUGUUUUAUGGCCUAAGAAAGUGAGAAUGAUGCAAGUCCCUGGCCAAAAAUCCAAAAAACCAAGGACUAUAUGGCUAGAUUGCAAUAUAGAGCAAUUCAAAAAUUCAGAAGUAUUCUGCUAUAA